UGUCUCUGAGUAUACCUUUAAAUGUCAGCAUCUCCACUGGCCUGUUGCCUUUCACCAGUCUCCACUUGUGUGUGUAUAUGUGUGUGAGAAGAAUUGCCUUUGUGAAAACCCCUACUAACUAAAUUUACUUUAGAAUUUGUAUAGAAUGCAUUUAAAACCCCAGGACCCCUGGUACUGGAGGUACUUUAUUUAAAUGUGCAGCACUUGCGUAGAUGCCAUAUAGGUCCAUGAUCCUGAAAAAUGCCAUGCAUGGAUGUGCCCCUGCAUGGGGUUAAUUGAGUUUAGUGAUGCAAUCACAUGGGUCCACCUUGUGCAUCAGAGUACAGGAGCGCUACCUAACAUUGUCCAAAAGGAGGGGGGGGGUGUUAUUUAGUUGGUCAUAUGGCUGUGUUUUGUCUUCAAGCUAUUUGAAGAAACACGUCUCAGUUUACUCUAUAUCUAGACCAAGCACUUUUGUGUUGCAGUGUGUCCAAAAUUGUUACUAUCCUAUUGGAAAAAAAUAGAAAAUACUGUAAAGACUUUUUGCUUUCAAAGAUGAACCAAAAAAUAUAUUACCCUUCCCAAUACCUGGCAUCCCACUUCAAAGUUCAUCCCCAAAUAAUCUUAGAUCUAUAAUUCAAUUUAAAUGUUUUAAAAGUAUUUUUUAUGUCUGUUUUCAGUGUGUGUUUGUAAUUUAGCAUGUAAAAAUGUUCUAAUGCAAAGUGUUUCAGAAUUUGACUCCAGUGAGAUGUGGUUGAUGUGGUGUGCACUGUAGCACAAGUAUCAAAAUUACUGUUUCAGGCCAUAGCAUCUGAUUGCAUUACUGCUGCCAUCUACACAUGCGAAAGCGGCUUUGAUUGUUUUAUUAAACUAGUUUGGUCUACUCUGUGUAGAGAUAAUGUGAUCUGGCCAUAACUAUGUUGUAGAAUUAUUACUAGAUCAGGUGCAGACUUGAGCUCUACAUACCUGUUACAGGUCUAUAAUAUGCCUAUAAACAAGUGUUGGUCCCACUUACACAAGCCAAACUGAGCCUUGUUAUACUGAAAUUCUAUGGUGUAAUACUGCCACUGUAAUACUGUGGCUUUACAAGCUGUUUGUUUCUUCUUUUUGUUUAUUCUGGAAUUUUUCUUAAGCUACAAUUACACUUGAGAUGGACAGUGACGUAAAUUAGAGAGUUCAUAGCCCUUCACAACGGUUGGAAGAAAGGAAGUGGAUAGAAUACUAAUUAUGAAACUGGUUGUUGGCCUUGGAGGUGUAACAAAUGGGGGGAAAACAACACUGGCAGAAAAGCUUGAGAAACUGCUUCCAAACUGCAGUAUAAUCUCCCAAGAUGACUUCUUUAAGCCAGAAUCUGAAGUAGAGACAGACGAACGUGGAUUUAAGCAGUAUGAUGUGCUUGAUGCCCUUUACAUAGAGGAAAUGGUGAAAAGUAUACAUGCAUGGAAAGAAAACUCAACUAGGUCAUCUUUCUCAACUGGAGACUCAAAGGCCACACAUGACAAUCUCAGAAGUGCAGAAGAAAUUCACAUUUUAAUUGUUGAAGGCUUUCUCCUAUACAACUAUGAGCCUCUUAAUGAAUUAUGGAAUAGAAGAUACUUUAUAACCCUUCCAUAUGAAGAAUGCAAGAGAAGAAGGAGUACCAGAGUCUAUCACCCAGCAGACCCACCAGGCUACUUCGAUGGACAUGUGUGGCCUAUGUAUUUGAAACAUAAAAGUGAAUUUGAAGAAAAGACAAGCAACAUUGUUUAUUUGGAUGGUACGGAAUCCCAAGAAGAGCUUUUAUCCCAUAUGUAUAAUGAUAUAAUACAGGAGCUAGAAAUACAGAAAAGUGAACAGGUCACAGCACAACGUUUUGGAAGUUCGGAUUCUGUCCGGUACUAAGUAUUUUAUGGUGCUUAGCAAAUAAGCUCUGAGAGCACAAUAAAAUGUGUUGAACUCAAUACAUCA